UCUACUCAGCAGGAUGCGCUUGAAACAUUUACGAUCAUACCGAGCUCGAUCAAGUUAUUUAGCUGCGCUUCUAACGGCUUCAGCUUCUUCGUGCGAAAAAUUGCAGAUUCAUUUUCAUGAUCCAUUGUUAUACUGUUGAGUAAAACUACUCCAACGCUAGAUGAGACCCGUUUUCCGGCACAAGGCAAAAAAAAAUAUGUUCAUCACAAGCACCACUCAACAGAAACACGACCAGACUGACAAAAGGAACGCAAGAUCAUCAUGUUGGCCCCGCGCCGCCUGCCUUUCCUCGCGACCACCUCCGGAUACUACCUUCGUUUUUUACUAGCCGGGCUCUGUUGUGGUGCGGUUUUUCCCACGGAGAAACUCCUUCCCGACGAAUACUUCCUCGCAAGCUUUUGCCUUCUCUUCGCGCUGUCAAAUUUGGUCGCGUAUGAAAGCAAAAAUUGGCUACAGACCGGCAACUUCACCUGUGGCGUUUUGACCGGGCAAGUACUUUGUCGAAUCGCGGCCCGGCUAUGUUCUUCCAGUGAUAGUAGUACAACUAGCGGAGACAGCAGUGCUGGAAAUGAUGCUGAACGACCAGCCUGGGAUCAGUUCCUGUCGUGGGGCAGCAAGAACAGAGGAGGACUAGCGUCAUCUACUACUUCCGAUCAAGAUAAUAUUCCGUUCCGCACCGGGGUGAUCGAUGUGGAUUUGUUCCUCUUGCAGGUCCUGCUCUUCCACGUGUUCGAGUUCUAUUUUGUGGCGACGUUUCACCCCGAGGAGGUGACUUUUGGCAGUUUCGUAUUCAACCCGGUGCCGUAUCAUUUGUACGGCAUUGUGCUGCUUUCCGCGGUGUUGGAGCGGCAUUUUUUUUGGGAGAGGAUUAUUUCGGGCCUAUCGUCACCAGUGGACGUCUUGUUGUUUCGUGGAGAUGAAAAUUAUAGUGAAACAACAACAAGCGUAUCUACUUCCGUAACAUCAUCAGCCUUGGCGCAAAGAACACCACCGCACAACCCAACGAGCUUCACUAUCGGGAUUGUCCUCGCGUUUUCCGGACUACUUUUCCGGGUCGCCGCACUGUGGACGGCGGGCAACAACUUUUCUCACGUGGUGCGCACGGAGCGGGAGAAGAGUCACCAGUUGAUUACCAAGGGCGUCUACGCGAUCUUUCGCCACCCGGCUUACGUCGGCUGGCUGGUUUGGUCGGUGGGUACCCAGUUGAUACUGGGGAAUCGCGUGAAUUUUUUUCUCUAUCUUCUCAUCGGCUACGUCUUUCUCUACCGAAGAAUACCGGUCGAAGAACAUUUUUUGCUGAGCUUUUUUGGCUCGCAGUACUUGGAGUAUGCGAAGACCGUACCCUGCGGCAUACCCUUUGCGUCCGACAUCGACGCCUAUCAUCGGAAAAACAAAAAGCAAUAAUAGGAAUGCAGUGUCGUGGUCGGACGACGUGACGUGGUGCGUGCGAAGUUGCGCUUGCUUUAAACCGGUGUUCCUGGUUCUGCUUCUGAUAUCGGUCGUCGUUGUCUCGGUUCGUGUCGUCUGCCUUUGGGAUUUUUAAGUUGUACCCGCCACCAUGAAAGACGGUGUUAUUU